AGCAAAGGCAACCGAUUUUUUUUACAACAUCUGUGUUGCUAUUAUAUGACGUUUAAAAUUGGUGACCGUUGUCGUAAGAUGUUACCAGUACGCUAGACGGAUUCACAAACAUAGGUGUGGGUAAAUAUAUAUUGAACCAAUCCAAACGACAAGCAAAACUAUUGUUAUUUGGGUGUAUUUUGUGAGUGCAGAACAUUGCCUGCAAAAAUGGAAAUUCCUGUGAAGAAGAAUAAAUUGUUAAUUUUCUUGUUUGUGGUGUUUUUUUAUACUCUGAUUCGGGAAUACAUGUCUUACAGCACGACGGUUACGAACCCACCUGAGAUUCUUGAGGAAAAGAUUAAUAUUAAAAAGGGACAGCUUGUUGAAUCCGUGCAUGUGAAACCACAGCAUGACAAAACCAAUAUACCAAAGCACUGUGUCGACAGUUAUGAUUUGGAUCCAAAGAAACCAGCCGCAGCUUCUAUGUCAAAGAUAGUCUUGCUAGGAAAUGAAAGGAAAUUAUUUGAACUCGGGGAGAAGAUAACAGUGCGAAUAACACUUAGCGAUGGGAAUGGUAAAGCCAAAUCAGUCGGUGGAGACCAGGUCAGAGUGUGGAUGGUAGAACCACCCAAGAAAGCCAAUUCUGCUGGAUAUGUCAUUGACCAUGGAAAUGGUACAUACACGGGUCAUCUGAAAGCAUUGUGGGUAGGAAGUCCCGUCAUAAGAUCUGCGAUAGCUAUCACGUGUGAAGGUAUUGGUGUCAGACAUCAUGCGUUGAAGGUGCCAGGAAAACUGAGAGGGCUUGUGGGUGUUUUCAAGUCUCAAAAUAUAUCUGAAGAAACAGUAUGCGCACCUAGUCUUGACUUCAAAGGAGAGUUCUGCAAUUUUACGGCUGAAAAUUUUGGUCUUCCUUGGUUCUGCGCUCGACCAAAAAACCUUAAGCUGCUGUGCCAUGACUGGGUUAAAGUGCGUGGAAUUUAUCAGUUUUCAUACACCGGACAGGAGGUAGCAGUCAUGAAAGGACACAACCUUCUGAAGCCAGAGAUUAACAUAACAGUCACCUCAAAAGGGAAGAAACGCGAAAUUCCUCCCACAACACCGUGCUAUAGGUUUCCCAGUGCAAGCACGUGGUCUAUGACGUCUCCAGUGGGAUACCUAUACAAUGGAGAGUGGUUUCCGACAUAUUGUGUAAACACUAUCAAUAACAGCGUCUCGUCAUAUACAAAAUGUUUGAAAAAUCGACGUGUGUUGAUGAUCGGUGAUUCGUGUGUCAGACAGUGGUUUUUGCUUCUGAAUAAAAUGCUCCAUAUAGAGACGUUUGAGAAAUUCCGUAACCACAGACCUCUGUAUUCAAGAAACAAACUUCACAACAUUUCAAUGUUUUGGGCAUCACAUGGGUAUCCGUUCCUCCACCCGAGUAAUUUUCUAAAUAACAAAGCCUUCAGCAAGCCCGCGCAUGUGUAUUUGGAUAAACUACCAGACGGAUGUAAUGAUAUUAUAAUUAUUAAUAAUAACCUUCACUUCCAAGUUUAUUCACCCGAACAUUUCGAACGUCAGAUAAAGGCUUUCGUGAGAUCAGCAACUAGUUUGAUGGCACGCGCUCCCAACGUCAAGAUCAUUGUCAAAGGUUUCCACGCAUUUAGAGACGGAUAUGUGUGGUUUGACGAUUACUGGGCUUUAGUGUACAAAUCUAUCCUUGAUAAAUAUGUUGCACCUAUUCAGGACAAAGUUAUAUAUUUAAACAACUGGGAUAUGACGAUGUCAGGUGAAAAUGCAGAUUUUCACAACUCUGAGACUAUGGACAAAGUUAUGGUGCAUAAUGCCUUGGGACAUAUAUGUACAUAGAGGGUGGGUUCCACCCCCCGAAUUUUUUUUUUAAAAGGUGUUCUUUCUGCGUAAAAAGUACCCUAAGUGCCUACGUGGAGUAGGUGCUCAAUCGCUGUGUCUUGAUUCUUUUCUUUCUGUCGCGACACUUAUGCUAGGCUCAGACUGUCAACUGUCACGACGAAGUUGGCCAACCAACCGUUGUAAUUUCCCCCACUCCCAACUUACGAGUGUGCUCAAAUUAACAACUAAUCGGUCGUAGGAGUUUUAUAUGACUAGAAUCGAGUUGUAAGAAAGCUCAGACUACUAACUGUCACAGCGGAGGGUAGGGUGGGGUGGGGUGGGGUGGGGGGAUUGGGGUAUGUUUUAUCCCACUGCCCCCUUUUCAUUCGCUCCUUUGACUUUCAUCUCAUUUCUUCCCGAUCUCACGACUUCUGCGAUUGUUUUCAUCCAGUUGCUGGUCUGGGCAUUCUUACAACUCGAUUCUCGUCGUAUACAACUCAUAUAAUAGCUGUCCAAUGUAAUCAAAGUAUGCUUUCAAAAUUUAAUAACUUUGCAAAUUAGAUGUAAUAUAAUAGAGGUCACGGCACUACAUUUAUUGACAUUUAAACAAACGUACUACGGUGACACUCCAUUAUAUACGUAUGCAUUCAUAUUCGUUAAACAAUAUUUUUUUAAUCGAAAAGUAACAUUGAAAACUGUCCAGCGUUCAGAAAACGAAACAAAAAACGUUAAGCACUAGUUUGUUUUUAUAUAAGGAUAUCCAAAAUGACGUCAUUCAGGUUUGACUUUAUUUCCAUUCAAAAUGACACCGCGUGACAUAUCCUUACGUCAUUAGAACAUCGGGUAAUGGCUGACUGAAAUUAAAGUUGCGUAUACAGUUUAUAAAGACACUGUAUACUAAGCUUGAGAUUAUAUCAUAAAGAGAUUAUUACCCUCGUGUGUUUCAGUCUCGUCAAUGCCGUAUAUUAGGAAUAAAAAUAAUGCCAGAGGCUCGCAUUAUACA